AUGUCUCCCACAGCCACCGUCUCUGUUCCUGACUCCGCAGUCCUCAAACCGGGCUCUCUUAUUCUCAUCACCGGUGUACUUGGUUACAUUGGCGCCCAUCUAGCAGACCAACUGCUGCUCAGAGGAUACAAGGUUCGCGGUGUGGUUAGGAAACCAGCUGACUGGUUACUCGAAAUCUUUGACUCGAAAUAUGGAAAGGCAACUUUGGAAACAUGGUUUCUGGCUGAUCUGACUGAUGAGGAAGGACUGUCAAAAGCUAUGCAAGCCAGUGAUGUCAGCUUCUCUCCAGACCCAAAUGUUGUCAUCCCCAUUGCCGUCAACCUCGCAACUACCGCUUUGAAAGCUGCGGCAAAAGCUUCUUCCGUCCAGAGAUUUGUCCUCACUUCUUCAUCGGCUGCGGCAUCAGUCUGCGUACCCAACACUCCUCGCACCAUAACCGCUUCUUCCUGGGCUGACGGCUCCAUCGAACAAGCCAGACAACCAGGCCCUUACACCCCAGACAGAGGCAUGUCUACCUAUGGUGCCUCUAAAGCUCUAGCCGAACAAGCCAUCUGGAACUGGGCCAAGGAGAACAAAUCUAGAGAUUUGGUCGUCAACACCGUGCUCCCUGAUUUCAACCUUGGUCUACCCAUCUCGCCAGAACAUCAAGGCUGGCCUAGUAGUCGAAUCUUUGGGUAUGCAGAACCCAAGAAUGCGAAUGGCAUCUUGAGGAGAUACAAGGAGUUGUACCCGAACAGAGAGUUUGCAGAUGAGGAUCCAGAAGAGGGAGAAGAUCUUGGAGUGAAGACUGGUUGA